CAUGUCACUGUAAAUUUAUAGUUGGAGUUGGAAAAACUUGUAAACAAACAAUUUUAUUUGAAGAAAUUGCUAAAACUUCUAAAAGUACCUUACUGAGAACUGGGUUUAUUGACUGGACCUGUUAUAGGCAGCCUAUUUAUUAACUGAGUGCAUCUUAAACCGCAGAAAUGAAGCCAAUGAAGCUUGAACUAUACAAUGCGAUUGUGGACGACUUCAACAAAUUACCAUCGUUCAACCGCGAGAAUGAGAAUAAUCUACGGAAGAAGUACAAAAACUUACCACCUACUACCAUAGGGAGUAUUAUAUCGUCGCUGGUGCAGCGAGCUAUGAAGCAGAGCUAUCGCAAAUCACCGUCAAUAUCCAGCAAAUAUUACGAACUCUAUGAAGAGCUGAUGAAGAAUUCUAAGGACGAGAAUGUAAUAUUGAGGCUAGCGGACCGGCAAGGCAUCAGUCCAGCCCUGUUCGCCCGCUCUCUGCUCCAGAAUGUGUAUCCAGACUCCACAAUGGUGAAGAAAUGCAUGAAAGACACAACCUUCAUUGAAGACAAAGAUCUAGCGUACCAAGUCUUUGUGAGUACUAUGAAUGACAACCAGUACGGCCCGUAUGCUGACAUCAUCAAACAAUCCAUUGGUCUUGAGUAUGAGCUGCGAUUGGAGCGGGAAUUGCGGUUGAUGAAUAUUUCUUUCUCCGAUGAAAACAUUCUAAGGUCUCGCGGCUACGAUAAGACACCGGACUUCAAGCUAGAAGUGCCUAUUGCUGUUGAUGGGUUCAUCGUCCACUGGAUCGAGAGUAAAGCCCUGUUCGGUGAUGAGGAGAACCACUCCGGAUACUUGAAGGACCAGCUCAUGUGCUACUGGAACCGUUUUGGCCCCGGGUUAGUGAUAUAUUGGUUUGGAUUCUUAGAAACAUUAAAUGAUACUCCGGAAGCUAAUAAUAUGUUUAUUCUGAGGACCGGCUUCCCUCCUAAGGAAAGUAUUGUGACGUUGAAUAUGGACUUGUAAAAACUCAUAUGAAGUUAUGGUUGUUGUGUAUAUGUGGAUAUAUGUUGUGUCUCUCUCUAUAGCUGAACAUUUAUUGGCCAGGUUUAAUGAUGAAGGCAGUGUUGUUGUUAUAAUUAAUCAGCCAUUUAAAAUUCAACUUCCCUGUGAUUUCCUUGUUAAUUAAGCUUAAUUUUAGUACAAACCAAAUUAAUGUAAUAAGUUACAAUGGAAUUUAGUUAGUUAAAUAAAGGUUGUAAGGAGUUAAAUUGAGAUAAUAAAACUAAUCCUUUUCUUUA